AAGGAAAGCAAGACAACAUGGCUGCCGAAAUGGAGAAGUUGGUUACAUAUGUUACAGAAGGAAUUGAAAAGCAAGAUCCUACUGUAAUAGGGAUUCUUGUAGCCCUUCUGGUUGUCGUCAUUACAUUGGUAUUGUUAGCUGUGUUCAAAAGUUCUUCCAAUAAACGAAGUGGAAUUCUUGUUAUUGGUAUUUGUGAUGCUGGUAAAACUCUUCUUUAUAACAGAUUGGUUUAUGGACGUUAUGCCAAUACCUUCACAUCAAUGAAAGCUAAUUCUAGUUCUUAUACAGUUCCUAAUAAAAAUAAAAGUUUAAGAAUGUUAGAUUUGCCUGGCUAUGAUAGGAUUAGAGCACCAAUAUUAGAUGAAACUAAAUCUCUAGCAAGAGGGAUAAUAUUUGUAGUUGAUAGUUCAACAAUUUCUAAGGAAAUCAAAGAAGUGGCUGAAUAUCUGUAUACCAUACUCAGUGACGAUGUGAUAUCCCACAAUUCUCCACCAAUAUUAAUAGCCUGUAAUAAACAAGACUUGACCGUUGCUAAAGGGUCAAAGGUCAUUCGAUCACAGCUUGAAAAAGAAAUGAACACUUUAAGAGUAACAAGAUCUGCUGCGUUACAGGGUCUGGAAUCUACAGGAAAUAACAACUCCUUCCUCGGCAAACGAAAUAAAGAUUUUGAAUUUUCAGAUUUAAAGACAUUUAAUAUAGAAUUUGUAGAGUGUAGUUGUGGGAAGGAUGAAGAAUCAAAAUCUAGUCUAGAAGAAGUCCAGUCAUGGCUACUGACAGUAGCUUAAUUAAGACUUAAUAUUAAAAUUCCGUCUUUGAAAUUAGUUGACAUGGCUAAAAUCUUAAUUCAAUGCAGUUAGCUUUUUAUAGACCCAAUUUCAUUGUUGAAGUUUAGAUAGCUGAUAACAAGGCAUAUUUUGGUUUUAUUUUGAAAAUAUUGUGAGCUGAUUUGUCCCACCUGUUACUGUUAUAAAAUGACUUUGAAAAUGUCAAUCAUGUGUAUCUAAUAUUGUUAAAAAUAUAUCACUUCAUUGGCCAGAAAAAUCCAAAUAUAUAAAACAUAAACAGAAAUGUUUACAGUCAUUUUUCAGAUUGAAGUUUUUUUUGUUUUAGGGAAAUGGUUAUUUUUGUUAUAUUAGUGUUGUAUAAAGUGUUGUUUUGUCAUUUGAUCAUGAGUGUAAAUAAAUAUCUUGUCAUUUUA